AUGAUGAAAAUUGUGGUGUUAACCGAGGAAUGUAAUGCUAUCAUUCAACAUAAACUACCACAGAAGUUGAAGGACCCUGGGAGCUUCCAAAUCCUUUGUGUCAUAGGAGAAAUCACAGUGGAGAAAGCUCUAUGUAAUUUGGGAGCCAGCAUAAAUCUAAUGUCCUUAUCAAUGAUGAAAAGAAUGAAGAUUGAUGAAGCCAAACCAAUAAGAAUGGCACUUCAAUUAGCAGAUCGAUCAUUCAGAUUUCCCCAUGGAAUAGUAGAAGACUUGUUGGUGAAGCUGGGAGACAUCUUCUUCCUAGCAGACUUUGUGGUGUUGGAUAUAGAGGAAGAGACCAAAGGUUCAAUCAUUAUGGGAUGGCCGUUUCUAGCAACAGCUAGAGCCAUCAUCGAUGUCCAAAAAGGAAAACUCAUUCUUAGACUACGUGAUGAGAAAAUGGUAUUCAAUGUGUUCAAGGCCAUGAGUUACCCACAGGAAUCACUAGGAGAAUGCAUGAGGUUGGAUGCAGUGGAGAUAUUAGUACAAGAAACCUUUGAAGAAGAAGAACUUGAGUAG